AUUGAAAGUAUUUAUUUUAUUAACUAUGGAAAAUGCCCAAUAUGAAGAGGGGGCAAAAUUUCAAAGUCUAGUGACUAGGACAAGUGGGGUAUCAUUUGAAAGAGCUCGAAUUACGUACAUUAGAAAAAAAUCCGUAGUGAAUAAAAAAUUGAUUUAUGGAGGAAAAUGUGAAAAAAUACCAUUCGGGGGGGAAGUUUACCGAAGAAAAAUUAUGAUUUUUUUACAUAAUAUACAUACGUGCAUUCCAUCGCGCAAAUUAGUUAGACAAUUUGUCGAAAGAUGGCGCUGUACACAAUUAUUUUUAGUAUAGGUAAAGUCUUUCGUCUUUAUAGUUACACAAGAUAAUUCAAAAUUUGUACGGAACGCUCGGUGCGCGAGUAAAACGAACUCCCACUUGACCGGUUUUUGAUUAUGCUAUACCUUAAUUUAGACCUUUGAUAAUGAUAGCCUGGAAAUUAGUCGCUAUCAUGUAAUAAUGAGUGAAAAAGUUUCAGACCGUUUGAUUUUUCAAAAUUCACGCACAUAUAAAAGACUGGAAUUUUAUGACGUUAGUGAAUACUCUAACUUUGAUAAAAUCUUACUUCAAGACAGAACUCAGUUUAUUGAAAUGAUGUAUAAGAUAACUGUGAGGUGAGAAUGUUAUGAGGUCCAAACCCGUUAAAAUAACGAGAAGCGUGCAUCAGGUUCUAUUGUGGGAUUUGUGGGUCCUGUUUUAUUGUUUAUCUAUAGGAAUGAACAAGCUUCAUGUCUAACUCUUACGCCAUUCAGGCAGCACGUCUCUGGAACAGUCUUCCCCCUAACAUUAGAAAAGCUCCCAACAAGUUUGCUUUCAAAAAAUCUUUGCGUGAUUUAUUUGCUGGCAGUUUAAAGAUCAAUUAAGUAUCAGUCUCACGAAUCGGUUAUGUAUAUUAUGUAUAUAUAUGUAUAUAUAUAUUUAUUUAUUUAUUUAUGUAAUGUAUGUAUGUGUCUUUAUGUAUUUAAGUAGUUUAUAAUUAAUUUAUGUGUAUUAGGACUCUAAUUCUUUCAAUAACAAUUUCUUUUAGUUUUAAACGCGCCGCCUACAAUCUUCUCUGCUUUGCCCUAAGGUUGACUGGUAGAGAAUGCCUCAUGGCAUUAAGUUCGCCUUUUGUACAUUAAGUUUGUCUUUUGUGCAAUAAAGUUUUAAAUAAAUAAAUAAAUAAAUGAACUUAUACAAUUUGUCACGAAAGAAAUACCCGAUAUCAACUUAAUCAUUUUUGCGGACGACACUAAUGCGUUGUAAACUCUAAUUCGCUGGAAAAUCAAUAAUAAGGCAAAUUGAGCGCUAGAAUUAUUUCGUCAGUGGUUCAGUUGUAACAAAUUGAAGGUGAAUCUAGGUAAGACCAGUGUAGGUAGAUGGAUCUGACAUUUUGUGGUAAUAACAUCGAAAAUGUUACCAGCGUUAAGUUUCUUGGUAAUUGUUACUCGCAUCCACAUUGACGAUCGGCGAGGCUUUGGGCGAGACUUGUGGCGUGAGGAAAACGAUCAAUUAAUAUCUAGCCUACUGAUCGCUAUAUUAGUUACAGUCACUCUGAACAAAUGUAAUGAGAGUAGCUCCUCUGUGUGGGCGUGCGCUGCGGCCGCGCGGGUCACUGUUCAUUAUUUUUAUUUAUCCGGCAAUCUGUCGGUCUGUUUGUCAAACAGAGCCACGUGUUGACUGUGUUCUGGUUAUUCGCGACGCUAACCGAGCGAUUUACCGCACCAGUAUACUUUUGGGCUCAAGUUUACGUAGAUUUACUAAGGGAUUAGGGGUCAUUUUAUAUAAGGGAACAGGGAAAGGAGUAAAAUGCCCGGUGGUUGGGGAGACCGUAGUACUCGCGGCGCGGCUGUGUUGACAGUCGAGCACAAACAAGAAAGACUUGGAGAUGGGGCCAACGAAUGUAAUGGCUUUCUGAAUGGUUUUCAACCGUCAGUUUUUCGCUAAUAGCAGCACGGUUUUACAGUCCUUUCGUAACAUAUUCAUAAGCAUAAAAUAAGAUUUUAUGACGUUACAAAAUAGAGUCCCUAGAAAUCAAUCAGAGUCGAGUAUUUUGUACUUUAACAAAAAUUCAAGAUUCAUAGCAAGAAUUUACGAAAGUGUACACUACGCAUCGAAAGGUAUAUUUAAGUACCUCCUCCAUCACAUCGCUGGCUAGAAAGCUACUAGCGAUUGACUAUUUUCUCUCACAAGAAGGAGCGUAUAGAUAUAUAAUCUUUUGUGAUUCAAAUGCAUGCAUGUUAAUCUCGAUUGUAUGUCUUUAGUUGAGAGUGGUCGAGAUUAAUUGUUGAUUUAAUAUAAUGUUUGGUUGUUGUCACAGGGGGAUAGUCCGGCACCGGAGCGGCGCUGCGCCGGCGACGAGCCGGACGACAUGCCGCCGGAUCCCCCGCCCGCCACCACCCCCAACGAUGCCACCACCCCGGUAAGUAGGAAAUAUAGAAUGAAUAAGAAUAACCGUUUAGACGCAUCCAUAAAUAUAGGUAAAUACCUAAGCUUCUGUCGAGCGCCUAAGAUGUGCCACUUAGUUGACCCCACUGCACCAAGCAUAACAGUCGUUAUCAUGCAAAAAUAAAAUAGCGACCCUCUUCGUGGUGCACCGACUCCGCUGCAUUCGCAACUGUGUUUGGACCUAAAACCUCUCACUAUACAUGUACGGCGGUAAACAAUAUUAGAAUUACACGUUCUAAAACCUCUGAUGUUCUGUUAUACCCAAUAGCCGGCGCCCAAAGCGCGGGGUCGCAUGACGGGCUAAGAAGUCUGCUGUCGGCUCUAGUGUUGUUAAUCAGUAUGGGUUCGGGCCGGCGGCGCCCAAAGCCCGGCUGGGUCAAGAAGGCUACUGCUUCUUGUCGUAUGCGUGUGUGUUGCAGCCGGCGCCCCAAGCCCGGGUGGUGGUGGUCGCUGCUGAUCCCUGCGUGGUCGCGUGAGACGUGGGCCAAGAAGGCUACUGUUUCUUGUAGUAUAGUUAACGAGUGUCUUUUGCAGCCGGCGCCCAAAGCUCGGGCGGUGGUGGUGUCGCUGACGCCGGCGCGGCAGCGCGAGACGUGGGCCAAGAAGGCGGAGUUCCUGCUCGCCGUGGUGGGCUUCGCCGUUGACCUUGGCAACGUCUGGCGCUUCCCUUACAUCUGCUACCAGAACGGAGGAGGUGCGUUCCUGAUCCCGUACUGCGUGAUGCUGCUGUUCGGCGGGCUGCCGCUCUUCUUCAUGGAGCUGGCGCUGGGGCAGUACCACCGCUGCGGCUGCCUCACACUUUGGAAGCGCAUCUGCCCCGCCCUCAAAGGAGUCGGUUACGCGAUAUGCAUGAUCGACAUCUACAUGGGCAUGUACUACAACACCAUCAUCGGCUGGGCGGUCUACUACCUCGUGGCCUCUCUGGCCUCCAUCAACUCCGAGCUGCCCUGGACCAGCUGCGACAACCCCUGGAACACCCCGCUCUGCUCCCCCGUCACCGCGCAGCAGACCAACCUCAACGCCUCUACCCCCGCUAAGGAGUUCUUCGAACGCAACGUGCUGGAGCAGCAGCGAUCCAACGGCCUGGACGACAUGGGCCCCAUCAAGCCUUCGCUAGCACUCUGCGUGUUUGGGGUCUUCGUGCUUGUCUACUUCUCGCUUUGGAAAGGCGUGCGCAGUGCUGGCAAGGUGGUGUGGGUGACAGCUUUGGCGCCCUAUGUGGUGCUGCUGAUUCUGCUGGCGCGGGGAGUCACCCUGCCCGGUGCCACCGAAGGCAUCCGCUACUACCUCACUCCCGAGUGGCACAAGCUCAAGAAUUCUAAGGUGUGGAUCGACGCAGCAUCACAAAUCUUCUUCUCGCUGGGUCCGGGGUUCGGCACGCUGCUCGCACUGUCUUCCUAUAACAAAUUCAACAAUAACUGCUAUCGAGACGCGCUAGUUACGUCCUCCAUCAACUGCCUCACCAGCUUCCUCGCAGGUUUCGUCAUCUUCUCCGUGCUGGGGUACAUGGCACACGUCCAAAACAAGAGCAUCGAGGAGGUGGGCCUGGAGGGCCCUGGGCUGGUGUUCAUCGUGUACCCCGAGGCCAUCGCCACCAUGACGGGCUCCGUCUUUUGGGCCAUCAUCUUCUUCCUCAUGCUCAUCACGCUGGGCCUGGACAGCACCUUUGGAGGCCUGGAGGCGGUGACGACGGCCCUCUGCGACGAGUACCCGCGCGCGCUGGGCCGCCACCGCGAGAUCUUUGUCGCGGUGCUGCUAGGCCUCAUUUACAUCUGCGCGCUCCCCACCUGCACCUUUGGCGGCGUGUACCUGGUGGACCUGCUGAACGUGUACGGGCCGGGGCUGGCCAUCCUGUUCGUGGUGUUCGCGGAGGCAGCCGGCGUGUGCUGGGUGUACGGCGUGGGCCGCUUCUCGCAGGACGUCAAGAGCAUGCUGGGCCACGAGCCGGGCUGGUUCUGGCGCGCCUGCUGGUCCUACAUCAGUCCCGUGUUCCUGCUGGUGCUGUUCGUGUUCUCGCUGCUGGCGCACGAGGAGAUGCUGGGCGGCGAGUACACCUACCCUGCCUGGUCCAUCCAGGUCGGCUGGCUGCUGACGGGGACCACCGUCUCCGCCAUCCCACUCUACAUUAUCUACAAGUUCCUCAUCACACCAGGGAACUUCUACAACCGCAUCAAGACCAUCAUGCGGCCGGAGGUGACGACGAUACCGCCGGCGGACGCCACGCUGUGCAGCCUGUGACGGGCGCCGGCGCCACCGCUGUACGCCCCGCCGCCCGCCGAGUGGCUGGUGUGACACACCCUCUGCUGGCUAGACAGACGUGGCAGUUCAUAGCUGAAAGUAUUUACUUCUCUUUUUAUUGAACAAAAGAGUGUUUCAUUUGAUGCAGUCUUGUUUACGCUGCCGCGGUUUGUUUACCAGAUCGAUGAAUGCCAGACCAGCUAAAUGUUCCUCUCUUGAUAAAUAUCGCAAUUUUUAUUAAUAUAUAUAUAGAUAAAUUUUCCAAUCGAAGUGCCACCUUUAUUUGGACAAAGUAUUAUUCGAUUGAUGUUGGCCGCGGUAAGCUCGGUGGCGGUUCCAAGCAGUACCUAGCAAUUAAACUUAAAGUACAUGUUUAUGUUCAGUACCUAUUAAAUAGCCUUUCUCCUAUUCAAUAGCUGAUCUGGAAUACGUCGGAAUUAUCGAAUGGCGGACGAUGUCUUACGUUCACUCCCGGACGGCCUAAUUGUAUAAAAUGAUCUUCAAGAGCUAUACGUACCCAGUAGGUCAACAUUAAUUAAUCUUAUUUAAAUCUAAUUCAAGUUUGCGGUAGACCGACGAAGAGAUCUUAUCGGGGGCACUGAUUUGAUCUAUCUAUUUUCCGAUUUUCUAGCGUUGUGUUUUGUUUAGCUAUUAAUUAUUAACUGAAAGAUCUCCUAAAUACAGAUCUUUUAAUUUUAACGAGUUUUAAGACGUUUAAUCUAUAGAUUUAAAAUAUAAUAUUGACCUUUUUCGCAUCUCAUUGUAACGAACUAAAGAUAAUAUUUAAAUAAUAACUUUGUAAAAAUGUACUACUUCUUUUAGAGAAGGUCGAAUUUAAGGAAAGCCAAACAUUGAUUGUAGCUGUAAGGUAAUCUGAGAUUUGAUGUUGUUUACCUCCUCGCUUCUGCAUACUUAUUGACACAAGGGAAUAAGAUAAGGAAUUAUUAUUUUAUAUACAUUUUACUCAUCUUACGAGACGCCUGUAAAUAGUACGUGUUUUAAAAACAUUCUCGAGACCUAUCAUAACCGUAUAAUAAUAUUUCUUAUAGUUAUAGACAACAAAAUGUAUGACAUUUGAUAUAUCUACUAAUAUCUAGGCGUAGUACGGUAAAGUGUAUGUUGUGUAAAUAUGAUAUUAUGCUGGGAAGACUAUAACUGAAUCGUGCAAUACAUAUUACUUCUUUGAAGUAUGCUUUACGCGAAACAUAUAAUAAGCAAACCCCUUGUACAUAUAUGUAUGAUAUACAAUUUCGAAUCUCUACGUGCAUCUCUGUAUUCCAGGGCAAUGAAUACGGAGAUGCUGCAGCGUUCGUACACACAUUGGAUGUAUGUGUAUAGUAUCAUAAUUAUUAUGUUAUAUGUGUAAUGAAUUGACGACAACAAGUGUAAUGGGAUCACAUACAUAGCUUAGUCAAGUCUAGUCAACAUAGUCGUGUGCAGGACAUGGUGUACAAUUUUAGAAAUAUAACUUUAUUAUAAACUAGAAUAAUUAAAUAGAACUUAUAGCAACAAUAAUGUCUUUACCUUUUAAUAGGAAAAAUAAAGUUUUAAAUUACGAAGUAGUGCUGAAAAGCUUUUAUGAAUACAUCUAGUUAUUUUACAUUUUAACGUAUAUCACGAAAAAUACAUACUUACAAAAUAUUAGCAAAUUGAUAACGUAGAUAAGUAGCCUAAUGAAUAAUUAACAUAUUGGAACUUGCUCGAGCCUGUCUGCUUGUGAGGCGAUUCGUUCCCUUCUCAUAUAUCGAAGUACUUAUUAAUAUUGGUAGAGUUGUGAUUUCAUAUAUAAAUAAUAUAUAUAUAUAUAUAUAUAUAAUUUCGAUUACGUAGCGUGUUCACAAGUAAUAACAAAUAUACAUACGUAGCUUAGGUAGUAGAUAUAUGUAUAUGUGUUAAGUGUUUUUAUAAAAAAAUAUGAAAAUGUUCAUAUACCCACAGAGUAUAUUUUGAAGAUUAUUUGUAUGUUCUGUUAUAAGUGUUCGGAUAUAGUGAUGUGUUCAUAGUUCGUGUCGUUGUCGUGUCGUGUCGUGUUGUAUCGUGGUAGACAAUAUAUGCAAAUGCGUAGACUCGUCUUGCAUCAGCCAUUGCAAGCUAGUCUGACAUUUGUUUCAAACUA